CGUCAAACGCAGUAAGCAUGACCAGCUGGUAGGGUGACGAGUGUCACAUAUUUUAUCCUCCUUCUCUAUUUAAGCACUGAAUUCAGAGCUACCAGGCUUGGUAGUAUAAGUCCAUUUACAGUAGAAGAUACACUUACAACAUGGAUAUGACAAAGAAAUUACUUUUGACAGAAAUUUAAAAAGUAGAAUCCUUUCCUUUACAAUCUUACUUUAGAGGCGUAAACACAACUCCAGACAAUUUUCAGAUUUUUUGUGUGUGUGCUGAUUUCUGGCAAAGUGCAGUGAUGGAGAUCGAGUCUAUGGCAGCAAACACUGCACUGAUCAAGGCUAGAGAAGGUGGUGGUGGCAAACACAAAGGAAGAAGCAGGAGAUGGCGAGAGUUGUUGCAAUUUCCUCACAUUAACGAGUGUGCAGAGCUGGAAAGCACUAUUGAACGAGACUACUAUUCCUUGUGCGUGGAACAGCCUAUAGGGAAGGCAUUAUUCCAACUCUACUGUGAGACAAGACCAGCGCUGAAAUGCUGCAUUGACUUCCUGGAUGCAACGGAUGAGCAUGAGGUCAUACCAGUUGAGAAAUGGAAGAGCUAUGGGAACGAAAUUGUUUCAAAGUAUCUCAACAUUGAGUCUCCUCAAUAUGUGCAGGAGAUACCAGAUAACCAUCGGGAGAUAUGCAAGCAGAACCUGGAGCUCAACAUCUCCCACAAUCUCUUCAACGACUGCAGGAAAGCAGUACAUGACUAUUUGAGCAGAGAGCCUUUCAAAGAUUAUCAGAAGAGCAUGUAUUUUGACCGUUUCCUGCAGUGGAAAAUGGUUGAAAGAAAACCAGUCACAAGGAACACAUUUCGAGAAUAUCGGAUUUUGGGAAAGGGAGGCUUUGGGGAGGUAUGUGCAUGCCAAGUUCGGGCAUCUGGUAAAAUGUACGCCUGUAAGAAACUAGAAAAGAAACGCAUCAAGAAGCAAAAGGCAGAAAUUCUGGCUCUCAAUGAGAAGCAAAUCCUGGAGAAAGUUAACAGCAGAUUUGUGGUCAGCUUAGCUUAUGCGUAUGAGACUAAGGAAGCUCUUUGCCUGGUGCUGACAAUAAUGAAUGGUGGAGAGCUGAAAUUUCAUUUAUAUAAGAUGGGCAUUCCAGGAUUCAGCAAGGACAGGGUGCAGUUUUAUGCAGCUCAGGUCCUUUGUGGCUUGGAUCACCUUCACCAAAACAAUGUUAUUUACAGGGAUUUAAAGCCUGAAAACAUCCUCUUGGAUGAUUAUGGACAUAUACGCAUAUCUGACCUGGGCUUGUCAGUAAUUAUUAAAAAAGGAGAGUUUGUUCGUGGCAGAGUGGGAACAGUUGGAUACAUGGCUCCAGAGGUCAUCAGUGAUAAGCAUUACAAUGUAAGUGCUGACUGGUGGGGACUCGGCUGUCUCAUCUACGAGAUGACCGCAGCAGCUAUGCCGUUCCGUGAGCGCAAUGAGAGACUGCAUCGGAAGGAGCUUGAGAAAAGAGUGCUGGAAACCAAAGAGCACUAUGGGGUCAGGUUCACAGCGGACACGAAAGACAUCUGCCAAGUGCUCUUGGCAAAAAAUCCAGAGGAAAGACUGGGAUGUGGUGCUGGUGGUGUAAACGAGGUAAAAGAUCAUGUGUUCUUCAAGGACAUCAACUUUAGGCGAUUAGAGGCUGGAAUGCUGGAUCCCCCUUUUGUGCCAAAUCCAAAAGCUGUGUACUGCCAAGACGUUGUGGAUAUUGACCAGUUCUCCACAGUAAAGGGCGUCAACCUUGAUGUGAUAGAUGAAGACUUUUACACUAAAUUCAGCACAGGCAGCAUGGCCAUUCCAUGGCAAAAUGAGAUGAUUGAGACGGAGUGUUUUAAGGAUCUGAACGUAUUUGGCCCCAAAGGCAAGAGGACACCAGAUCUCGAUCGUACAAUUCAGUUUGCCCAGAUACCCCAAUCACCCCAUAAGAGCAUGCGCCAACUAAAGCCAAAUUCUCGACACAGGCUGAUUGAUAGAAUCUUCAAAAGACAUGAUCGUGACGAGCCUCCACAGCCGAAGAGCAGGGCAUCAAAAAAGAGCCCUGAUGAGCAUCGAAUGAACUUAUUAGACUCUUCAUAUGAAUUCAUCUAAAUACUAACACUUUUUACAAGUAGAUUCAAGUUUCUAUAAGUGUAAUACACAUUUAAUUUUGCUGAAAGGACUCGUGACUAGUUAAAAGAUUUAACUAGGAUAUAAACUCGCAGGACUGGUGCUAACAUUAAAUGGAUUAUUCAUUGUAUGAAGGAGUAAAUGUAUGUGCCUUACUUUAUGAUUACUUUGACGUUUUCACAUUUUAUACUAUGUCUCACUUAAAUAUAUGACUGAAAAAUCAGUGAAAUCA